CAUGUCCUCCGCGAGCUCUUCAUCGCGCAAGCAGCCCCAGCGCGUGUUCAGCGGGAUUGCGAGAGGACAUGUUGUGAUGCCCUGCGGCACGUCAGGCCUGGCGCUAAAAUUAGGAUCCACCUGAUCCUCGUGUCGUGGGAAAAGGUGGAUUACAGACAGAAUCGCUGUAUGCUGGCACGAACAGAAGUUUGCAAGUAACAUUCAGCAUUGUGCACAACAGUGGCAUAUGAGGAAUGGAAAGAAUUCACAAUGCCAUAGCAUGGUAUCAAAAAAAGAUUGGCUCUUAUGACAAGCAACUGUGGGAGCAAUCAGUGGAGAAGAAACUCCAGAAGGGCCUUGCUAGUGUCCAUCGUGCUCCUCGUAAAACAGUCCGUUUGAAAACUGAAUUUAUUGAUGUGGAUUUAAUAAGAGGCUCAACAUUUACCAAGACCAAGCCUCAAGUGCCAUGGAUUUACAUUACAAGGAAAGCUUUUGUUAGGGUCCUCUUCUUUCCUUUCUAUUACAGAUGGUGGGUGCGUCAGACAUCAUGGAAGGUGUUCAUAGCUUUGCUGUUCCUGUAUAUCAUGCAAGUUGUUACAACCACAGUCUACUUCAGAAAUGUUGAUGGUAGCAUUAUUGAGGAUGAGUUGGCAUUAACAGAGGUCAUGGUUCCCAUCAGCCUCAUGUUUUUGCUGGGCCUCAUUCAUUCACAAACUGUGCUUGCUCACUUCUCACUGAAGCCACCACGUCGGGGUGGCCAUUUACAACGGAAAUCUAGAAAAAGACAGCGCAACAGCAGUCAUUUGUCAGGUGAGGGUUUAUUAGACAGCAGUGGCAGCAGACAUCAUCAUCACCACCAUCGAAGAGAGGUUCCUGGUUCUCGCCUCUCACCUCCAAGAAUGAGUGCAAACAGUGUUGGAGGCUUGCAUAAACCAGACAUUCUGCCAGGCCAGUCAAUUCUUUGGUCUGCAUCACAUUCUCGCUCUCCUUGCCAACGGGAAAGACCAGGCAGUGAGAGGUGCAACAAAAAAAACGUCAGGAUUGCAGAUCAGGUGCAGAGUUUCAGCAGUGCUUUCAGGGGAGAAGCAGAGGUCAAGGAGGUGGGCAAGGAGAAUGAGAGAGUGGUGAAGCCGAUAGUGCAGGAACGGAGAAACACUGAGGACAAUGUUGACCACAGGGUAGCCACUAAAGCAUUUAGUGACCCUGUUAAUGUAAUCAAAGAUAUUUCAGAUGCACAAACCAGUGCUAGAAGACCUGACAAAUGUUGUGUUCAUCUAGAAAGGAGUUGUGUUUCUUGUGUAGACAAAGUUGGUUGUGAAACUAAUGCAGGUACCCACAGCAAAAGUGACCACAGUAAGAGAGACAGCACAGAGGAGGACUCGCUGUCAGGAAAGUUUGAGAUUGUGAACAUAGACAGUCAUGACAACAGGGAUGAAACUGUAGAAAAAAUAAUGCGUUCACAAAGUGCUUUAAUUAGCCUUUCAUCUUCUCAUGACAAAAGCUCAACUUCUGACCUUGAAACAACUUGCUGCUUGUCUCUAUCCCAUAUAACAGAUAUUGGGAGACAGGCCGAUAGAAACUCAAUGUCGGAAGACACUUGCGACCAGAAAGAUGAGGAUAACUUGUCAGAUGCUGGUCUUGUGUCCAACUCAUCCAACUACAAUCCUUCUGACUCAGGUCCAGAGAGUGAACCAGAUAAUCUUGAAGAUGAAGAACUUCCUCGUACUUCCCUAGCCAAAAGUGUGCUUCCAGCUUCAGAAACUGUGGUUGGUGAGGGAGCUGGUACUCCAUCAUUGCCCAUUGGAGCAUCCCUUCCCCCCAGCCCCUGCCUGUCUUUACGUAGUGCUUCUCUCAAUGCUUCACCCAGAAAAGUAUUGUCUCAGCAGCAGCAAGCACAGGAUGAAGAAUCCUCUGCCAGUGACCCAGGCUCACUCGAUGCAAGACAAACAAGCUCAGGGACAUCCCUUCGGCGUAGACGCCGAGUCGGCACAAAUCAGGCAAACGGAGAAGGAGGCAUGGAGGGAACCGGCAGGGCCAGGUUCCUGCAGUUGAAGCUCCCAGCUUUGCGGAACAAAUUGACCCAGACCAGUGGGGUGAGUUCUUCUGAGAAUGAGGCUGGUAACAGGACUCCAGAUGCUGGCAGCAAGGCCACUAUUAGUUCAGAGGAGUGGGAGGACAGGAUGCAGUCAGACAUGACUACCUCUUCUUCCUAUUCAACUAGCAACACUGAGAGUGAGCUUUCUGACAGCAAUGAUAACAUGGAAGAUGAUAAUGAUGAUCUGGCUUCUGAGGGGCUUUCAUCCAGUGUUUUUCAUGGAAUCAACUUGCUUCAGCCAGGGUCGAUCCCUCAUGUUUCGAUCAACUCCAAGCCCACAACAACAAGUAGCAGCAGCCCAUAUGCACAACAGCCAGACAAAGUUUCUUGUGUCAUCUGGGAGGGAAAUGAAUGCAAGAAAGUGGACCUUACUGCACUGGAUAUUGGUUGGGCUAUUAUUGACAAGGUUGACAACCUCCCAGAAAGCUCUGACUAUAUCGUUAUUGGUAUGGUGCUGUCUGUUCUGCUGGGAAUUGUUCCCUUGGCUUAUCGUGCUCACUUUGAAAAAGAUCAAACCCUGCUGGCAGCAUGGCAACCACACCUGUGGAUCUGGGGAGUCAUCGUCAACCAUUCCUGGAGACAAAAUCUCCUAGUCUUCAACGGAAUGAUACAGCGGCUGGUAUUCAGUGGUAUUUUCUUCUUUCUGCUCACCGUCACAGACAGAACGUUUAAACAACGCCUUCUGUAUGCCAAACAUUUUAGUUAUCUUACCUCAUCACGUCGAGCUCGCAAGUUUGAUGUUCCACACUUUCGUCUCAACAAAGUGCGUAACAUUAAAAUCUGGUUGUCGCUUCGGUCUUAUCUCAAGCGACGAGGUCCACAGCGGUCAGUGGAUGUCAUCGUGUCAGCUGGCUUUUACUGCACCAUAAUACUGGUCUGUCUCAUGUCAAUACAGGUAUUGUGGGCCGAGAGGCUACUGGACAUAACUGCCAUGACUGCUGCACUUCGGUACAACAUCCCUCAUACUUGUCUUCAUUUAUUUUCGGGCUACUGUCCAUUGCACAUCGCCAUUAAACAGUUUUUGAUGAUGCUGAAGGAAACUGAGACUUACCUGGACAACCUGUGUAACUGGGAACUAGUGAUGUGGUGCAUUGCACUUGGCAUCUACAUCAUGCGCUUUAUGACCCUAGGGCUGAAGAUUAACAAGAAGUAUCGCAAUCUCUCCGUCCUCAUCACCGAGCAAAUUAACCUGUACCUGCAGAUGGAACAAAAGCCACACAAGAAAGAGGAUCUCAUUCUGGCCAACAAUGUGGUGCGCCUUGCACAGGAUCUUUUGAAAGAACUCGAAAGUCCUUUCAAGAUAUCUGGUUUCUCUGCGAACCCCCUUAUCUACAACAUUGCCAAGCUAAUCGUACUCUCAGCAUUUUCCACAGUCAUGACAGAACUUCUAGGCUUCAAACUCAAACUGUACAAGAUCAAGCUGAAAGGAUAAAUGUGUCCAGAAACUGUCACAGCAUGCUCAUUUGAAUACAGCCUGUAUCGUUUGUUAAACCUGCCAUCAGCACUUCAGACUAUCUUCGUCUGAGCUGCUAUUCCUUUACUGUGGUAAUGUUGUAGGACCUGUUUGGUGAUAGUUGUUACUCCGUGUGCCCUCACAACCAGCCUCUAGCACCCAGGACUGUUACUGUUACAGUCUAUGUUGUCGUUCAGCGAUGUUGUCGGUCAAUUUUGGCCAUGUUUUAAAGAGUUGUGCACAAUGUUUUACUUGAACAUUGGUGAAAAUAUUUCCUGUGUGCUUUGUAAUUUUUCUGUGGAUAUUUCUCCUGGUGGAUACUUCCAUGUGUGUUUUGUGCCAGUGCAUUGUAUCUAUCCGUUCAAGUUUUGUUGGUUCCAAAGAAUUGAUAUCUGGUCAUUAGUCCAUUGGUUCAUGCAAGUAAAGCUACACUGUGGCUAAAUGUGUUCUAGUGAACAUGCUGGAAUGUUUAUUUCAGAACUGUUACAUCUGUGCAUGUUACUGGUAUCUUAAUUUGCAUUUAGUCAACAUUCUUGUUGAAAAGCUUGGUUUCUCGGUUGAUUACAGUUUUGUUCAUUUUAAAAAGUUUACAUGACACUUCUGAGACUAUAAUAGAAGAAGAAUGUAAAGAGUGUGUGAUAGCUUCUAUCAAACUUGCAGCUCGAGGAGGUUUUACAAUGAGAUGCUUAAACUUGCAGGACCUGAGUGCUUACCUGCUGUGGUUAAGGACGUGUUUCAGAAGCUAGUGAAUGAUACAUUCAAGUCAACUUUUUAAGGUGCUGCACUCACUGUGUGAUGCUAAUGUAUUAGUGAGGUGUUUUUGUUGUUGUCCAGUAUUUAUUAGUGCCAUUUUUUACAUGUCAUGUCAGCCAUGAUCAGUGCUCAAGAUUUUCUCCCAUAGUCAAACUCCUUUCCCCUCGUGCCCCCCAUUUUUUGAAUGUAGCUGUCCCACAGUCACCACUGGCGGCAGUUGGUAAUAAGUGGAAUGGGAACUUGUAAAAUGAUGUGUAUUUUGAUGUUUGACUUGUACUCGCCUCAUAUACUGUAUUUUGUGUGGGUGCACAUGUAUGCAUGUGUUCAUGUGAAAACAAAAGUGAGAGAAGGAAACUAGGACCAUUGCUUUAAGGACAAUUCUUUUCACGUUAAAAGAUGUGAGAGCUAAAAAUAUUUUCGUGGAAGAUUACAGUUGUUUAAAGCUCAAUGACCAUAUCUGACCUUUGAAAAAUGACUUUGAGCUUUAGUAAAAAGCCCCAAAACACAGUUUGUGGUAGAAUUUUUAACAAAGUAUCCAAAAAAUCCUAAUUAUUAAUUGGGUCCUAACAGUGUUAGGAUAAAAAAAAUAACCCCUUACUUGACAGUAUUUCAGUAAAGAAAGCUUCAUGGAUAUAUUGCAUAAUGUAGGUUGGUUUGAGGCCUGCAAAGUCUGGUCAAAGAAAGAGGCCUGAUAUUUAAAUUUUUUUUUAUUAGAAGGACAUUUUAAACUUUUUCAUGCAGAGACCACAGUGAGAAGAGUGUAUUCCGUGUAUGAUAUAUUUUGCGUGGGGAAGUCAGAUCUUGUUAUGUAUUUAUCCUUUGCCUUCUUAUAGGCCAGUAUUUUUAUCUGCAUGAUACUUGAUGUCUGCAUCCCAUAUAUAUGAGGCAUCCUUCAUGACCAAACGCUCCAUGCUAUCAUAUCUUGCUUUCUUCUGAAGUACUUGGUUUUUAUAAAGUUUUGACCUUGGACAACUUUUGACAGCAACCACAGUGAGCAAAACGUUUUUUUUAAAAAGUCUCCAAAGCUCACUGAGAUUGGCUUAGUUGAAAGUGCAGAGAGAGUUUGUAUUUUUUUUUAAUGCACAAUGAGUCCAUUUAGAUUUUAAGAAAUGACCUCAUUUAUAGUGCAAAAUAUAUGUAACAUCCUUUUGAUACACCAUAGGUACAUUUUGGGUCAUGUGUUCAUGAUGGUUGAUCUUCCAGAGGAAAAGUUGUGAAGUACGCAGUCUUUUGUUACCAUGUUAGGUAUCAUUUUUAACUUAUGACACAAACCAUUUUCCGUAGGGAUAUCAGAAGUCAUAGCAUACCUUUAAGGGUGGAACAAUACCUUUCUUUGAUUGAUUAGGUGUCAUGGCACUGCCAAAUCUGGUAUUGACAUGUCUGAGUCAAAUCAUGUGGGAGUUUCAGAUUUCUAAGCAGUUGUAUCAAUUAAAGGAAAUUUACAAAUGGUGUGCAUUUAUGUGCAGGUCUAAAUAAGAAAUAAAGGUGGCGAGGAGAAAAAACAAGUCAAGAGAAAUAUGUGGCACUUGAUCAAAUGAAUGUGUGAAAGUUGAAAUGCAGGAAAACUUGAUAUUUUUUUUUAAAGGAAAAAUGUAAAAUGGUUGGCUGUACUUGAUAAAUACUCCAUAUUUUUGUGCUUUCAUGGAUAAAAAGCCUAUUGGCUACAUUUAUGUGUUGAGAAACUCUUUAGAAAGCCUUUUGCAUAAGGUUAUGCAGAGAGUUUCAGAAAGCAUGUUCAUGUUUAGGUCACACACAGAACCCAUUUCGUGUCCAUGUUGCAUUUCUGGUAUUAACAGAAUCCUAUUGAAUAUGAGGAGUGUUUAAGCUUUAUUUACCCAUGGGUUAGGACAAUGGUCAAGUCAUACUCGUGCAUGCUUGUGUGGUAGACAACUUGAAGGGUGAGAAGGAAGUAGUGCCACUUUAAGAUGGCGGUGUCUGUAGCAUGUAAAUGUAUCCAUUUUACUGUGAUUGUGCUUGUGCUGCGUGGUCAGUUUAAGAAAAAAAUCCAGUGCAGCUUAUAAUCAUUCUUAGGGUGUCUACUAUUGUCUUUUAAUUCUUUUUGUACCUUUCUCAUCAUUUCAUUAAUUCCAUUUCUUUUUUGUCCCUCUUUGAUUGCUUUUGUUUCUUGUUUCCUUGGCAGUGAGAUGUAUCAUGCCAUCUCCACAGAAGCAGGAACAUAUCAAACAGUAAAAGUGUUUAAAAAAAAAUUGGGGUUUUUAUAAAGAUCGGAGGCCAGUUGUACACUUCUAGUUUUUUUAACCUUUUAGACCUUAAAUCUAUUUAGAAUUAUAAAAACAGUACACAACACAAUUUUAUAACUUUUUACCUAAUAUUGUCUAAAUACAAUUAAAACUGCUUAAACCAGAUGUUCUUGUCAGCGCAUUAUUUUGUGCAAUGCAUCUUAAUGGCAUGGGAAAAAUUUUUUAAAAACAUUUUUAGAACAGUUUUAAAUUUAAGAAAUGUGCAAUUAGCUGCAAGUUUUUAAAGAAAAAAAAAUUGCCUUCCUUGUCUGGCCCUUAACACUUGUUUUAAAAGAAUUGUAUUGGUUUACUCUCAUGCCAAGAAGUGUAGCAUAAUAUUGCAGAAUUUGGGGACCUAUCUAUGUAAAGAAGUCUGUUUUCUGCUGCCUGAUCAGAUGUUUGGGUUUGUUAAUUGCCUAUGGAAAGCACUUGCAACUCUUUAAAAAGUGCUUUUUUGUGUAAACUAUUAUAUUUAGAAAUUAGACAAUUUCAACUGACAUUCUUUCCAAAUCUUUUCCACUUUGUGUGCAUUUCUUGUCCCUUUCAAACCUGUCCGUGUUUGACAGAGGUAACUGUAGGACAUACUUAUGAAGGGGCGGGGUGAGACUAAAUUGGACAUUGUCUUAUUGCACGUAAUUUGCAAGACAUUACAGUCAUGGCCAGCAGUAGCAAUCAAAGACACCCUAAUCAGAUGGAAACAAGCCUGCCUAUGCUACAUUGGGACCUACACCAGAUGUGGUGAGCACGGCUGCAAGAGGGAAUGUCAAUCUGUGUACAUUCCUAUUGUGACAGAAUAAAGAUCUUCGUUAGAAACAA